AUGAAGCAGGGCUCCGGUGUGAAUAAAAUGGCACGUGCACUUACGAUGUACACCGUCGUGUUGGGGCUGUUUGAGUUGCCCACGAUACUUAUGCUCCUCUGCGGCGGCAACCUUGCCGAGGUAACGCCGUGGUUCGACAGCUCACCACCCUUUGAGCGGUACUCGUACGCCUGCAUGUACAUGGGUGUAUUAGCCCUGCUUGCCACCUCCCGCUUUCUUGCGGCCUACCUCCCACGGCAUCGACUCAUUCAGGCGCACAACGCGCUGGUGCAUGCCCUGGAGCUGGUCUUUUUUUUGUGGCUUUGGUCUGUGCGGCAGCGCCCUGCCCCCGUUGCCUGUUACGCUCUUGUGGCAGUUAUGGCGGCGAACUGCGUCCUCUUUGGCGUGCAGGCGUUCAAGGUGCUUGCCCCUGCCGGCAACGUCAGCCUGCGUGAAAAGAAGGGCAACUAA